GGCCUGAUUGGCGUAUAUGAGCAACAUACCAAGGAGAGCAGUUCUGCACCCUCGAUCCAACAAUUAUUCAACGCUGCUCGCUCUGCUUGUGCUGUUGACCAUGACAAAGACAUUGUAAGGCUCUUUUCCUUUUAUGAUAUUUUGCUAGGCAAUUGAUAUUAGUCUGGGAACAUAAAAUUCUGGAGUUAUGGACAUCAUGUUUCUGUGAGCAGCAAGCACCGGAAUAACUUUGUUUUUUAUUUAUUUAUUUAUUUUUAUAAAGAUUACUUGGCUCGAGACACUGCUGAAUGCCUCUGGCAAUCACUCCUCGGGACAGCAGCCUGCUCCUAAGCCUACUCCUAAGCCUACCCCCUUGCCUGACAACCAUGAAAACAAUAACAAUAACCAUAGCAACAAUGACAAGCAAGGAGGCAGCAAUGUCUUUGUCAGUCCAAUCUUCUUCCCUUCGGAACAAAGCUUCCAGAUGUUGGUCAAGACAUUGGAUGAUGCCAAGAAGUCGUUGGAUAUCUGUGUCUUCACCAUUACAGAUGAUCAGCUUGCUAAAGCCAUUAUUAGGGCACAUGAGCGCGGCGUCAAGGUUCGCAUCAUUGCAGAUAACGAUAAGGCUGAAGACUUAGGAUCAGAUGUCCAUCGUCUUACAGAUGAGCACAACAUUCCUUCACGUCUGGAUAAUAGUCCAUCACACAUGCAUCACAAGUUUGCAGUCAUUGAUGAUGCAUUGGUGAUCAAUGGCUCCUAUAAUUGGACCAAGGGUGCUCGUUUUGACAACCGUGAGAAUUUGACUCUGACCAAUUCUCCAAAGGCUGUCCAGGGCUUCAAGGCCGAGUUCGAGCGUCUCUGGAGCGAGUUUGCUUAAAAAUAUUUAAAAAACAAAUCAAAAAUAGAUCUUAGUUAAAUUGGUUCAUACCAUCA